UCCACUCUUUCCCACUCAUUUUCUCUCCCACACAAAUUUUGUACUCAGUUUAUUUUUAUUUUCACUAGCCUAACACAAAAUGCCCAUCCUCAGAAUCUCCUGCAUUGCCUCUCUCGUUAUAUCAUUACUCAUAUCAGUAGCUGAAGCAAGAAUCCCCGGAGUCUACUCUGGCGGCGCGUGGCAAGGUGCUCACGCCACCUUCUAUGGUGGUAGUGACGCUUCCGGCACCAUGGGUGGAGCUUGUGGAUACGGAAACUUAUACAGCCAGGGCUACGGCGUAAACACGGCGGCGCUGAGCACGGCCCUCUUCAACAAAGGGCAGAGCUGCGGUGCCUGUUUCGAGAUUAAGUGCAAGAGUGACCCACAAUGGUGCCACCCUGGCAGCCCUUCUAUUUUCAUUACUGCUACCAAUUUCUGUCCACCUAACUUUGCUCAGCCCAGUGACAAUGGUGGAUGGUGCAACCCGCCCCGAACCCAUUUCGAUCUCGCUAUGCCCAUGUUUCUCAAGAUCGCACAGUACCGUGCUGGAAUUGUUCCAGUCUCUUAUCGCAGAGUACCAUGCCGAAAGAGAGGAGGAAUAAGAUUCACAAUAAACGGAUUCCGUUACUUCAACCUAGUCCUGAUCAGCAAUGUAGCCGGUGCAGGAGACAUCGUAAGGGUUAGCGUCAAAGGUUCAAGAACCGGGUGGAUGAGCAUGAGCCGCAAUUGGGGACAAAACUGGCAAUCCAAUGCUGUUUUGGUUGGACAAUCACUCUCUUUCAGAGUCACCGGAAGCGAUAGGAGGACUUCCACCUCAUGGAAUAUCGUCCCGGCUCACUGGCAAUUCGGACAGACCUUUGCCGGAAAGAACUUCAGAGUCUAAGGAAGAAUUUUAUCCAAGAUUCAAGAAAAGGCACAAAAAAGAGAAACUCAAGUUUUUUAAAAUUUUACCCGCCUUAAUUUGAUUUUAAUCAUAUUUUAACCUUGGCGCCACUAGUUAGAAACUUAACUUUUGGCCCCUAAAUUACUACUACUAGGACAUUUGUUAAGUGGGUUCAUUGGGGAUUGUAAAAGUUGAGUAAAAGAGGGAAGGUGGAGUAACUUUAUUGACUUGCAGGUUUUGAUGGGGUUGUUUUCUGUUUAUGUUUUUAUUACUUUGGUUGUGUGUACUGAGUAUUUCUAGGGGCGUAAAAAGGGGAAUUAGUAGAAGUGUGUUUUUCUAGUGGAGGGAGAAAUGUGUUGAGGAGGCUGCAAAAACAUGCAGCCCGCAGCUAGUGAGUUAUUUGUGUCUAUGGUGGUGGCCAAUGUAAUGUAAUGUAUGAAUGGAUAUAUACUUUUCGUCUUUAUUA